AUGUUCCCGGGCUGCCCACGCCUCUGGGUCCUGGUGGUCCUGAGCAUCAGCUGGGCAGGCUGGGGGAGCCAAGUGGCCGAGGCAGCGCGGCUAAGGCAGUUUUACGUGGCUGCUCAGGGCAUCAGUUGGACUUACCGCCCCGAACCCACAAACGCAAGUUUGAAUCCUUUUGCAACUUCCUUUAAGAAAAUUGUCUACAGAGAAUAUGAACCAUAUUUUAAGAAAGAAAAACCACGAUCUAGUAUUUCAGGACUUCUAGGGCCUACUUUAUAUGCUGAGGUUGGAGACAUUAUGAAGGUUCACUUUAAGAAUAAGGCUGACAAGCCCUUAAGCAUACAUCCUCAAGGAAUUAAGUACAGUAAAUUCUCAGAAGGUGCUUCCUACACUGACCACACAUUCCCUGUGGAGAAAAUGGAUGAUGUUGUAGCUCCAGGCCAAGAAUACACCUAUGAGUGGACUGUCAGUGAGGACAGUGGGCCCACAUAUGAUGACCCUGCAUGCCUCACAUACAUCUAUUACUCCUAUGAAAAUCUGACACAGGACUUCAACUCUGGGCUGAUUGGACCUCUGCUUAUCUGUAAGAAAGGCACCCUAACUGAGGAUGGGACUCAGAAGUUGUUUGACAAGCAACAUGUGCUGCUGUUUGCUGUGUUUGAUGAAAGCAAAAGCUGGAGUCAGUCAUCAUCCCUCAUGUACACAGUCAAUGGCUACGUGAAUGGGACAAUGCCAGAUAUAACAGUUUGUGCCCAUGACCACAUCAGCUGGCAUCUUCUUGGAAUGAGCUCAGGGCCAGAAAUGUUCUCCAUCCAUUUCAAUGGCCACGUCCUGGAGCAGAACCAUCAUAAGGUCUCAGCCAUCACCCUCGUCAGUGCUACAUCCACUACUGCAAAUAUGACUGUGAGCCCAGAGGGAAAGUGGAGCAUAUCUUCUCUCACUCCAAAACAUCUUCAAGCUGGGAUGCAGGCUUACAUCAACAUUAAAAACUGCCCAAAGAAAACCAGGAAACUUCAGAAACCAACUCGUGAACAGAGGCGGUAUAUUAAGAGGUGGGACUAUUUCAUUGCUGCAGAAGAAGUCAUUUGGGACUAUGCACCUGUAAUACCAGAAAAUAUGGACAAAAAAUACAAGUCUCUGCACUUGGAUAAUUUCUUAAAUCAAAUUGGAAAACAUUAUAAGAAAGUUGUUUACAGACAGUACCAAGAUGAGACCUUCACCAAACGUGAAGAAAAUAUCAAUAUCAAAGAAGAUGGGAUUUUGGGUCCUAUUAUCAGAGCCCAGGUCAGAGACACCCUCAAAAUCACAUUCAAAAAUAUGGCCAGCCGCCCCUAUAGCAUUUACCCUCAUGGAGUGACCUUUUCUCCUUAUGAAGAUGAAGUCAACUCUUCCUCCAUCUCAGGCAGUAACACCAUGAUCAGAGCAGUUCAACCAGGGGAAACCUAUACUUAUAAGUGGAACAUCCUAGAGUUUGACGAACCCACAGAAAAUGAUGCCCAGUGCUUAACAAGACCAUACUACAGUGACGUGGAUAUCACAAGGGACAUUGCCUCUGGACUGAUAGGGCUACUUCUAAUUUGUAAGAGCAGAUCCCUGGACAGGCGAGGCAUACAGAGGGCAGCAGACAUUGAGCAGCAGGCUGUCUUUGCUGUGUUUGAUGAGAACAAGAGCUGGUACAUUGAGGACAACAUCAACAAGUUUUGUGAAAAUCCUGAUGAGGUGAAUCGUGAUGACCCCAAGUUUUAUGAAUCAAACAUCAUGAGCACUAUCAAUGGCUAUGUGCCUGAGAGCAUACCCACUCUAGGAUUCUGCUUUGAGGACACAGUCCAGUGGCACUUCUGCAGUGUGGGGACCCAGGAUGACAUUUUGGCCUUUCACUUUACUGGGCAUUCAUUCAUCUAUGGAAAGAGACAUGAGGACACCUUGGCCCUCUUCCCUAUGCAUGGAGAAUCUGUGACUGUCACAAUGGAUAAUAUUGGAACUUGGAUGUUAACUACCAUGAAUUCAAGUCCAAGAAACAAAAAUCUAAGGUUGAAAUUCAGGGAUGUUAAAUGUAUCCGGGAUUAUGAUGAAGACUCAUACGAGAUUUACAAGCCUCCAGCAUCUACAGCCAUGGCUACACGGAAAAUGCAUGAUUCUUCAGAAAACACAAAUGAAGAGGAUGUUGAUGAAUAUGAUUACCAGUAUACACUGGCCUCAUCAUUAGGACUUAGGUCAUUCAUAAAUUCAUCACUGACUUGGGAGGAAGAUAAGCUCAAUCUUACUGCCCUAGCUCUGGAGAACAGCUCUGAAUUAACUUCUCCAAACACAGAUACAGCUGUUGGUUCAAAUUCUUCCUCCCUAAGUAAUAUUAGUAGGUUCAUUGGCAAUAACCUUACAGAACCUCAGAAUACCCUUCCUCACCCAGGAGCCACCACAGUUGGUCCCCCGCUGGAACACCUCUUUGGUUUAGACAACAACUCUGUUCUCAAUCUUUCCACAGCAAAGCAUUUCAGCCCUUAUUCUGAACACCCUAUAGAGGAUCCUCUACAGUCUGAUGUCACAAGGAUAAGCCUACUUCCACUUGAUACAGAAGGACUCAGAAGUCAAGAGCGUGGAAAACACAGGGGAUCCAAGGCAGAAAGAGACCAAGCAACAAAAUACAUGUUCUCUUGGGUGAAAUCACAAGCACAUAAGAUUAGGAGAAAUUUAAACCAAGACAACACUUCUCCUUCCAGAACAGGGCCCUGGGAGGACCUCCCUAAUGAUCUGUUACUCUUAAAACAAAAGAAACCAUCUAAGAUUUUGAAUGGGAAAUGGCAUGUGGUUUCUGAGAAAGGUAGCUAUGAAAUAAUCCCAGAUACUGAUGAAUACUUGGCUGUUAAUAAGCUGCUGAAGAGCCCCCAGAAUGCCUCAAGGACUUGGGAAGAAAGCACCCCUAAUCCACACAAGCCUGGAAAGCAGAGUGGCCACCCGACAUUUUCUAGAAAUAGGUAUAAAUCUCCACAAGUAAGAAAGGAUGGAGGAAACAGUGGACUGAAGAAAAGCCCAUUUUUCAUUAGGACACGAAAAAGGAAAAAGGAAGAGAAGCUUGCACACCAUGUUCCUGUAUCUCCAAGGGGCUUUCACCCUCUAAGAGGAGAAGCCUACACCACAUUUGCAGACAAGAUACCUGAUUACUCAUUGUCCAAUGAAACAUCUCUUCCCACAGACCUCAAUCAGACAUUCCCCUCUAUGAAUCUUAGCCUGAUAGCCUCACUUCCUGACCAUCACCAGAACCCCCCAAACGACACUGGUCAGACAAGCUCCCCUCCAGAUCUUUAUCAGACAGUGCCCCCAGAGGAAGGCUAUCCAACACUCCCGAUUCAAGACCCUGAUCAAACGCUCUUUACUGCAGACCCCCGUCACAGAUCCUCUUCACUGGAGCUCAGCCAGAUACUCAACUAUAACCUAAGUCAUGAGCCUUUCCCUGUCGUCAUUGGUCAAAUGUCCUCUUCCUUGGAACAUGACCUCAGUCAACCAUCCCACUCCCCAAACCUCUCUCCAGAACUUGGUCAGACAAACCCUUCCCUAGACCUCAGGCAGACAACGCUCUCUCCAGAACACAGUCAGACAAGUCUUUCCCCAGAAUUGAGCCAGACGACCCUCUCUCAGAUGCCAUCUCUUCCACCAUCUCCUACACUCGAUGACACUUUUAUGUCAAAGGAAUUUAAUCCACUGGUUGUAGUGGGCUUCAGUGGAGAUGACGGAGAUUACACUGAGAUUAUUCCAGGACAGGAGAUUCAGAACAGUGAAGAAGACUAUGCUGAAAUUACUUACGUGGCCUAUGAUGACCCCUACAAAACUGAUAUGACAGACAGCAACUACUCCAGAAAUCCUGACAACAUUGCAGCAUCGUACAUCCGCAGCAAGAAUGAAAACAGAAGAAAUUAUUACAUUGCGGCUGAAGAGAUAUCCUGGGAUUAUUCAGAAUUUGCACAAAG